AAUCUCCGAUCCUCGGAACUCAAUGCUCCGGCGAUAUCUCCGGUCACCUCAAUUUCCCACAAUUUUUUUAUAAUCCAUAGCUCUUUUCAUUACUUUAACAAACAAGGACAUAGCUAUAUGAAUUUGACAAAGGUAUGUGCCUUUUCACCCUUCAAGUCAAAUUUUGUUCAAAGACUCACCUCAAAAACAACCAUAAACCUCUCAAUCUUGGAGGUUCUUCUGCUAAAAUGCCAAAAUUCCAAGCAUUUUGGGCAAAUUCUUUCACAAAUGAUCUCCACUGGGUUCAUCAGAGAUACAUAUGCUGCAAGCAGGAUUCUCAAGUUUUCCACUGACUCCCUUUUCAUUCACGUUAAUUACUCUCAUAAAAUCUUCGAUUACAUAGAUAAUCCAAAUGGGUUUAUUUGUAAUACCAUGAUGAGAGCUUAUUUACAGCGAAACCAGCCUCAAAAUACAAUAUUUUUGUAUAAAUCAAUGUUGAAAAAUAAUGUAUAUAUUGAUAAUUAUACGUUUCCGCUUCUAGUUCAAGCUAGCACAGUUAGAUUGUCCGAAGCCGAAGGAAAAGAGUUUCAUAAUCAUGUUAUUAAAACGGGAUUUGGUUCGGAUGUUUAUGUUAAGAACACUUUGAUUAACAUGUAUGCUGUCUGUAGAAACUUGGUUGAUGCAAGGAAGAUGUUUGAUGAAAGUCCUGUUCUGGACUCGGUUUCGUGGAAUUCGAUACUGGCAGGUUAUGUUCAAGUUGGAAAUGUUGAUGAGGCAAAAGUAAUUUUUGAUAAGAUGCCUAUGAAGAAUGUUAUUGCCUCCAAUUCUAUGAUUGUAUUGUUGGGUAGGUCAGGUAGGAUGAGUGAGGCUUGUCAAUUAUUCGAUGAAAUGAUGGAAAAAGAUGUGGUUUCUUGGACUGCUUUAAUUUCUUGCUAUGAGCAACAUGGGAUGUACACACAAGCGUUGGAUUUGUUUAUGCAAAUGUGUUCUAAUGGAAUUUCCAUAGAUGAGGUUGUUGCGGUAAGUGUGCUGUCUGCAUGUGCACACUUGUUGGUUGUUCAAACUGGUGAAUCAGUACAUGGAUUGGUUAUAAGAGUUGGUUUUGAAUCAUAUGUCAACCUUCAAAAUGCUUUAAUCCAUAUGUACUCUACCUGUGGAGAUGUAAUGGCUGCACAAAGAUUGUUUGAUACGAGUAGUCAUCUGGACCAGAUAUCGUGGAACUCAAUGAUCUCUGGUUACUUGAAAUGUGGCUCUCUGGAGCAGGCUAGAGAAUUAUUUGAUUCCAUGGCUGAGAAGGAUGUUGUGUCAUGGACUACAAUGAUUUCUGGUUAUGCACAACAUGAUCAUUUCUCAGAGACUUUAGCACUGUUUCAGGAGAUGCUGCAUGAGGACAAUAAGCCUGAUGAAACUACUUUGGUUAGUGUUCUUUCGGCUUGCACCCACUUGUCUGCCCUUGAUCAAGGAAAAUGGAUUCACGCUUACAUACGAAAGAAUGGGCUCAAAGUGAAUAGCAUUCUUGGUACAACUCUUGUUGACAUGUACAUGAAAUGUGGUUGUGUGGAGAAUGCAUUGGAAGUCUUCAAUGGAAUGGAAGAAAAAGGGGUGUCUUCUUGGAAUGCUUUAAUUCUUGGGUUGGCCAUGAAUGGACAGGUGGAAAGAUCACUAGACAUGUUUCAGAAGAUGAAGGAAUGUGGUGUAACCCCUAAUGAGGUUACUUUUGUCGCAGUUCUUGGUGCCUGUCGACAUAUGGGCCUGGUAGAUGAGGGCCGCUCCUACUUUAAUGCUAUGACCAGACAUUACAAUGUUGAACCUAAUAUCAAGCACUAUGGAUGCAUGGUUGAUCUACUUGCUCGUGCAGGGUUGCUCAAAGAAGCUGAGACACUUAUUGACAGUAUGCCUAUAACUCCUGAUGUUGCCACUUGGGGUGCUCUUCUUGGAGCUUGCAGAAAACAUGGUAAUAGUGAAAUGGGGGAGAGAGUUGGAAGGAAGCUUCUUGAACUUCAGCCAGAUCAUGAUGGAUUUCAUGUGUUACUGUCCAACAUAUAUGCUUCAAAGGGUAAUUGGGAUAGUGUUCUGGAUAUUAGAGUAGCAAUGACGCGGCAGGGGGUUGUUAAAGUUCCUGGCUGCAGUAUGAUUGAAGCAAAUGGUGCUGUUCAUGAAUUCUUGGCAGGAGACAAGUCUCAUUCCCAGAUAAAUGAAAUUGAAGAAAUGUUGGCUGAAAUGGAAAAACGGUUGAAAAUAAUGGGCUAUGCCCCAGGCACAGAUGAGGUUUUACUUGAUAUUGAUGAGGAAGAAAAAGAAAGUACCCUGUUUAGACAUAGUGAAAAGCUUGCAAUUGCCUAUGGGCUCAUUACUAUCGCUCCUCCUACUCCUAUAAGAAUAAUCAAGAACUUACGAAUAUGUAGUGAUUGUCACGCAGCAGCAAAACUAAUAUCAAAAGCUUUUGAUCGGGAAAUUGUGGUGAGGGAUCGACAUCGGUUUCAUCAUUUUAAGGAUGGCUCUUGUUCCUGCAUGGAAUUUUGGUAGCUAAUACCCUGUUAUUGGCCCUUAAAGAACUAUUAUGAAGGUUGUUCAACUUGAAUGCCUCAAUCUUCAACAUUAACAGGCCAAUGGCCACCAUUCAUGAAUGACCUGUGCAUAGGCUCCAACAAGGCUAUCAUCUCCUAUAUGGCCAAACCUGCAUGAUAAUUCAAUCUUCAUUUUGUUGACACUGACCUUGGAUAUGGAUAUUAAGGCAAGGGUUCUGAUGCUUACACUGUCUUUCACUCCUUGAGUUCCCAUUUUCUUACCAGAUCUCCACAUAUUUCAGAUUGUGCCAUCUGAUUAUCUUAAUUAAUUAGAUUCUGGA